CUUUCGAACAGAGGAGCUGGAGAGAGUUUUUUUGGUGGUUGCACAUUUUGAGGUUUGUCUGUUUUGUGGCGUGGAGUUCCUGCUCGGGUGAAGUGCAUGUCGAAGUAACUGCUCUCGUUCGGUUUGGAGUCCCAUAACACGUGCAAAAGACAACUGCGGAUAAGACUCUUUCCAACGGCCAGUACAGUGCAUGUAGGCUGGCGUUAUGUUCAGCGAGCCGAAACAUUUGUGGGGAUCGUUUCAGUUUUGAGUCGGUGUUGCAGUUGUCAGUAUUUUCUCGCUUUCCUGUGAACUGGGAUUAGCAGCAGCAGCACCAGGACGGACGUUUGGGUCAUUGCCAGUGUGAAGACCGCCACAGUCCAAUGCCGAGAGUAUGGGUCUGCCGUGUCCUCGUACUGUGCUGUGCGCUGCUCGUGACCAGUCUCGCUGGACACUUGCUGUACAGGGGCAGCCCACUGGCAACAACGACGGAUAGUGCUGAAGGUGAAAUGAGCGACGAUGACGUCGGCCAGCUGAGACGUGGACCUGCCGUGCCCACGUACAGUGGCGAGGUGAAGGCUGUGGACCUGAACCACCGCCCUCUGGUCAUGGCCUCACCAAGUUACCUCGAGGGGAAAAAUGAACCGGCCGCGCCGAGCGCCGCUGUGGCGUCGUCCUCGGUAACGGUGGACCGCGAUCGCAUCAUCGGCACGCGAGAGUGGGCCGGCGCGAUCAACAAGUGGGCAUGGCCGAUGCCGGUGAACACGCCUUCCAACUGCGGACACGAACUCGACACGCUCUGCCGGCCCAAGCAGGAGAAGAAGGUCCUGCUGGUGCUGCUGUGGAACAAGCUGUUCGGGCACCCGAUGUUCCCGCACGGCAAGCUGCUGGCGCGCUUCCAGUGCUGCGACGGCGUGGUUUGGACAUACACGGAGGACCGACGGCUGCUGGUCGAGGCCGACAUCGUCGAAUUGCACAUGAACCGGCUCGACUUUGACGUGGAGCUGCCCGACGUGCACGACAACCAGCUGGUGGCGGCGUUCUCCAUGGAGGCGAACCCGAUGACGCCGCGCAUGCGACUGCUGCUGGAGCGCGGCGUUCACCUGCUGCGGUCGUACCGGCCGGACGCCGCGCUGCCGCACGAGUACGUACGGACGGGCGGCUGCUACGUGAGCGAGGUGCGGCGGCCGCUGACGGUGCCGUUCGAGGAGCGGCUCAACGUGCCCGUGGCGGCGCUGGUCAGCAACUGCCACUCGCACAGCGGCCGCGAGCACGUGCUGAGCGCGCUCAUGGAGCGCCUGCCCGUACACAGCUACGGCCGGUGCAUGCACAACCGGCGCAUCCUACCCGACCAGGGCCGCGAGGACAUGUUCACGCCGUACAAGUUCCUGCUCAGCAUCGAGAACCGUCUGUGCCGGCACUACGUCACCGAGAAGUGGUACCGCAACUUCCGCAUCGGCACCAUCCCGAUCGUGGCCUCGCUCAACGACGAGUUCCCGCUGUACUCGAUACACGCGCCGACCGCCGCGUCCUACGUGAACGUCUUCGACUACAAGACGGUUGGGGAGCUGGCGUACCACAUCGGGCGGGUUGCCGACGACGCAGACAUGUUCCACGCGUAUCAUUCGUUCCGCCGUAACGGUACGCUGCAGGCGGAGUUUGUGCGUCGCUAUGGCCCCACGGACGACCUCGGCGGCUGGUGCAAGCUGGCCAAGAAGCUGAUGGACGCCGGCGAGCGGAAGAAACUGCUCGCGCAGCGCCUGACGCUGGAGGACAUCAACGAUUGCGUCAGCCAGGCGGGUAUCAUAGAGACGAUUCCGUAUUAGGGCUUGGUGACUUGACGUGCCGCUGCCCAUACGCUCUCGGGAAGAACCCUAAUACCGCAUCAAGUCACGCCUGGCAAUGAUUGUGUGAACCAAGGGACGGUUAUCGAGUCAUGCUUGUCAAUGUUUCUUUGAACCAAGGGACAGGCAUAGCUGCAAUCCCUAGUGCCUCUUCUCCUGGCCGCUUGCCACUUGCCGAAAAAACUGGAGAGAGAGCGUCAGCGUCGCAGUCGUUUCUAAGGCGGUUUAACUACUGAACGGAUGUCUCGUCACGUUCGGCCCUGCACUGCGGCCAUUCUGUGCUCCCAUUCGGCUCUAGGUACUGCCCUUAAUGUGCCUAUUUACUAGUACGUUGACAACCGUCCGGGGGACAGGCGUACGAACACGAUGCCUACACCAGGCGGUCAUCUUCGACUGCCCCGGCCCGACAUUGCUGUACUGUAGCGGUGCGACAUGCUAUAUGGCCAUUCUGUUUUGGCGGGUAUCUGUCGGUGCGUGUACUGUGCCAAGGAGGCGUUGUACUCACCUAACCUGGUAUGCCUCCUCGUGAACACAGCCGCUGCCUGUCUAGUCUACCCUGGCUUGCUAGUAAGUUUUCGACAAUUCGACGUGUUUUGAACACAUGACUUCUGCGACUUGAGUGGCAGGAGAGAUGGAUUAUUAGCACGUGCGUGCAACUGUGUGUGUGUGUGUGUGUGCGUGCGUGCGUGUGUGGGUGUGUGCGUGUGUCUGAGAGAAGAAAGAGACAGAGUGAGUGAUUGAGUAAGAAAAAAAAACCCAGAUCAAGAACAGUUUCGUCCUUCUUCAUACGUACCAAUACACAGACAUCUGGAAAGAUGAGUAAUAUCGUAUGUUUAUUUUAUUUUAUUUGUCUGUGUUGUGCGCACGAACCCCCCUUUCUUUCUAUAAUGCAGCUGCAUGAUCUCCAAAAUUUCUUAGUUAUUUUCCCCAUUUUUUUACAAUGAAGCCGCGUGGAGCAUCGUUCCGAAUUUUUUACCUUCAAUUUUUUUAACCUCUAGGAGUACUGAUAGUGCUGAAAGGCAACCUAAGAACUCGGUCCCAGAUCCUGUCCGCUUCAUAACUUUUAUAGCCAACAAGAUGAGACUUGGUCGUGGCAGUGCGCAUGCUGCGAACUUUGGACGUGCCUUCUGAUCAACUUUGCCGGCCGAGAGAGAGAGAGAGAGAGAGUGUGUGUGUGUGUGUGUGUGUGUGUGUGUGUGUGUGUGUGUGUGUGUGUGUGUGUGUGUGUGUGUGUGCAUGCAUGCAGCUGUGAUGAUCGUGUCGGUGUGUGGUGCGCUGCCUUCGUUGCAUGCACGUUACACUGACUGGCUGACUGGGCUCCAUCUGGCCCCUGCAGCCAUUCACUGCAUGCACGUUGUACUGGCUGGGCACCAUCUGGCCCUGCAGUCAUUAACUUAAAAACCCACGAUCUCCCAGUGCAAGCACACCUGCUUUUUAUUGGCUCGAUUCCUUCAUGUUGCGGUUACCGGCUUAUGGAUGCCAUGUCUGAAUGUUCGGUGCUGCGAUGAACUUCAUUUCAACACAAAAGUUGGGGUUUUAACGAAA